AUAUAUCCUCACCACCUUCAUCAUCAACAAUAAUUAAUUAGUUCAUCUCCGACUCCACCACCAACAUAAUAUCUAGCUUAAUUAAUUAACGUACGUAAUGGCAUCCAAAGCAUUAGUCAUUGCAGUUCUUCUCCUAUGUCUGAACCUCCUCUGCUUCUCCUUAGUCUCCUCAACCACUGGUUCUUGUUCGCCACCUUCACACAAGCCCACCCCAAAGCCCUCACCAAAGCCCUCUCCUUCUCCCUCUAGGCCAGUUAAAUGCCCUCGCGACACAGCGAAGCUGGGCAGUUGCGCCAACUUGUUUGGCUUGAUCAGCCAAAACCUAGGGACCCCGCCAAAGGAACCAUGCUGCUCACUGCUCCGUGGUCUUGGUGACAUGGAAGCUGCUGCUUGUCUCUGCACCACAAUCAAGACAAAUGUUCUUGGAAUCAAGCUCACCUUCCCCGUUGAUCUUUCCUUGCUCCUCAACUACUGUGACAAGAAGCUACCCACUGGCUUCCUUUGUCAAUAAUUCCAACUCUUUUUGUUGGUGGUUCUUUGCUUUCAUUUGCCUUUGUGUAUGCAUGCAUGCGUACAUAUACGCAUACAUCCUUAUUUGCGUAUGUGCCUCACGUAUCUCUCAUAGUGUUUGUUGAGCUAAUUUGCUACUAUAUAUGUAUGUAUGUAUGUAUGUACGCAUGUAUAUGCAUGCGUGUUUGGGAGUGUGUGUGUCUACGUACUCUUUCCGUUAGUAUUAGCUUUCAGUGGGAGGGGUUUACCAAAGUGUACUUUAAAUUCCCAUUCUGAGUAAAUAUUUAAAUAAAGGCACAAGGAAGUACAAGUAUGUGCUCUCUUGUCUAGUUGAUCAA